GACGGGGAGGGUCUGACCACGCCUUCUCUCUGCAGACUGCUCGGCCAUGACCACGGCGUGGGGCCCGCCCGCGUGGGACCUGGCCCUGGACCCGCUGGUGUCGUGCAAGCUGUGCCUGGGCGCGUACCCGCUGGAGCAGAUGACCACGCUGGCCCAGUGCCGCUGUGUGUUCUGCACGCUGUGCCUGAAGCAGUACGUGGAGCUCCUGAUCAGAGAAGGAUUCGCAACCACCAUCAGCUGCCCCGAUGCCGCCUGCCCGAAGCAGGGCCGCCUGCAGGAGCAUGAGAUCGAGUGCAUGGUGGCAGCUGAGAUCAUGCAGAGAUAUAAGAAGCUGCAGUUUGAGAGAGAGGUGCUGCUGGACCCCUGCCGGACCUGGUGCCCGGUGUCCGCCUGCCAGGCCGUGUGCCCGCUCCCGGAGCUGGGGCUGCAGACGCCGCAGCCAGUGCGGUGCCAGGCCUGCGCCACGGAGUUCUGCUCCACCUGCAAGGCCAGCUGGCACCCCGGCCGGGGCUGCCCGGAGACCACGCCCAUGGCCUUCCUCCCCGGGGACACCAGUUCGGGGUUCAGGCCGGAGGAGGACGACGCACCCAUCAAACGCUGCCCCAAGUGCAAGGUCUACAUCGAGCGGGACGAAGGCUGUGCCCAGAUGAUGUGCAAGAACUGCAAGCACGCCUUCUGCUGGUACUGCCUGGAGUCCCUGGACGACGACUUCCUGCUCAUCCACUACGACAAGGGGCCAUGCAGGAACAAGCUGGGUCACUCCCGGGCCUCCGUCAUCUGGCACCGCACGCAGGUCGUGGGCAUCUUUGCGGGCUUCGGGCUCCUGCUCCUGGUGGCCUCGCCCUUCCUGCUGCUGGCCACGCCCUUCGUGCUCUGCUGCAAGUGCAAGUGCAGCAAAGGCGACGACGACCCGCUGCCCACCUAGAGCACAGGACGGGGACGCGGGAGGAGGCGUGCCUCGGAGGCCUGGCUCCGCCCGUCCCCUCAUAAACGUCCUUCUUGCCUUACGCGCCCGUGAGCUUCGCCGUCACCGGUGCCGGGACUUCGGGGCCGAUGUCCCCGUCUGCGGAGGCCCCGUGGCGUCCCGAGGCUGGACGGGGGCGGGGCUGGCUGCGGGCACAUCCCCGCAGACUGGCCGGACGGCAGGUGCUGGAGAAGCACCGGGCCAGCUUCCUCCCCGUGGUGAGGGCCUGGGACCCUGGUCGCCUAGGAGACCUUCUCCUCCAAGUGUCCGUCUCUUCCUCGGCCUCAAGGGGGCAGCUCGCUCGCAGCCGAGACAAGUCCGGGUUCGACCGUCUUCACCCAGAAUGCAACAGUCCCGCUGACGACAGCGGUCUUCGUCGCUAAGGCGUCUGGCGAGGCCCUUCCUUCCCGCAGAGCAGCGAGCGCCAGCCAGGUGCCUCCACGCCGCCCCACGCCUCUCGGACACGCGUGGUCGGAGGCUGUUGUGAAAGGAUGUGCCCGGCCCGCCACUUCCCGGGAGACACGGGCAGCAUCCCCCCACCCCCACCCUCGUGUCCCCGACGCCUGUAGGGCGGACGCAGAUGCGGGGCCGGGCACCGCUGCGGACCUGCCCCUGGGCCGUGGCAUCUCAGGUGUGGCCCUGGCCGGUGUGGCUCGGUGGACAGGGCACCAGCCCUUGGACUGCAGGGUCCCAGGUUCGAUUCUGGUCGAGGGCAGGCACCUCGGUUGCAGGCUUGACCCCUGGGCAGGAGGCAGCCAGUCGAUGUGUCCUCGGCUCUCCCUCUCCUCUCUGAGUGGAUGGAGAAGUAUUCCCGGGCGAGGAUGGAGAGAGGAGGAGGUGUGUUUGCAGAGCAGCUGCGCCUCCUGCCCUUCCCUUGGCUGAGCCGGUUCCGCCCCGGCUCGCUCCCGGCAGCGGCAGGGGUUCCGGUCUUCAGAAACGAACCUCUUGGCUCGAGGGGUUUGGCGGGAAGCCCCUGUCCUCUGCCUUCCGGGGCCUUGGUCCUGGGCGGGGUCCCGGGGCCACUUCCCGGGUUUCGGGUUUUCCGGGACCUUGCCAGCCUGCAGACGCCCCGGUCCCCGGAGCCCCGGUCCUGAUGCAGGCUGUGUGUGACUGUUGCCAUGGCAGCAGCAUGACCGAUGAGACACACGUGGCCCCAUAGAACGUUGGGAAGUGGGGAGUGUGUGUUCUUUACAGAGCAUUGACGUUAACUUGGCUUCUACAGCCACGUGGGCUUUCAUGGUUAUUUUUUAUUUUGUUAAAUACAUUUGUAUUGGUGUCAGAGAGGAAGGGAGAGGGAGAGGGAAGCAUCCAUGCUGAGAAGCAUGGAUCAGCCGCCUCCUACCCGCCCCCCACUGGGGAUGGAGCCCACAACCCAGGCCUGUGUCCUGACAGGAAGUCGGACCCUCACCUCCUGGUUCACAGGUUGAUGCUCACGCCCUGAGCCCCGCCCGCCGGGUGAGCUGGUGCUUUUCAAGGGUCCACGGGUUGCAUGGAACUUGGGCUCCACGGGAGGGCAGGUGCUGUGGCGUGGCCGCCGUGGAGGGUCAGCUGACGCCGUGGCCCAGCGGGGCUGAGUGGGGGCAGACCUGACUGCGACCCCAGGCGUGGGCUGUGGAGCCCGUUGGCUCGUAGCUGGCAUCUCCCCGUGGACGUGGCGUUGGCUCCGGCCCCGGCCACGGCCCCGGCAGACAUCCCUCCUGUGUGUGUCCGCGCUCCGGUGAGAGCGGGAUCGCCGUGUCCCUCUGCUGCUCCUCUCCUUAUGGACGGAGGCCACUGAGAGGCCCGCCCGUGACAUCGCUCCGGGGAUGCUGUCUGAUCCUCAGGCACGACCGGGGCGGGCCUGGGCCGCCUCCCGGGCUGAGGCCGGCCGUGAGGGUGUGCAGGUCGGAGGGCGAUGCUUUCUGAGGGGGCCUGGGUUCGAGGCCUCGUGGCGGGGUUUGUGAUGGGCUCUCUCCAGCCGGGGCCCUUUGAGACCUGGCUGUGUGUCCCAUCCUGCCAGGCCCACUGCCCUGUGGGCUCCGGGUGACCCUGUCCUCCAGUCGCUUCUUCCCGUGUAUCCGUCUGUCCGUCUGGGGGCCCACGGCAGCCCCGCCCGGUGCCUUCCCGCUGACGGGCUCGCAGGCACGGGGCCGGGCCUGGGGAACCAGAGGCUGUGGGACGGCGGGAGCCAGAGGGCACCCCCUGCCCAGAGCGCCCGCACCAGCACCCUCACUCGCUGAGCGAGGACCAAACGGACCGCAUGCUCCCCGACACCAGCCAGCCGCCGAGGCCCUCGGACCCAUCUCCCCGCCCCGCCUGCCGCCCAUCCCCGUGAAGGGGGGCGUCCUCCCCUCUGGGGGGGGGGGGACCUCCCUGUUCCCAGCACCCGUGUCUCCAGCAAUGCCAUUCCCCCCUCACCCCGGAGCACACGCCUGCCCGUCCAUGUAGAGGCCUCUCCAUCCUGGGGGAGGAGAGAGGGGGGUUAGGAGAACCACCCGGGCAGAUGGAGGGCCCAGCAGACCCCGUGGCCUGACCCCUCUGGAUCCGGCCGUGUGGGGAGGGGCCUGGCUCGGGGGGCUCUGUCCGGGGCACAGGCCGGCACCUGCAGGGGAGGGGUUACAGGGUCCCUGAGCGGAGGCCGCCUGGCUCUGAUAGGCGGGGUUACCGGCCGGGGUCUGAGAGGAGGGGUUACGGGGUCCCCGGGCAGAACCUUCGCCAGCACAGACGCCCGUCCGGGUGGCUCGUCCUCAGCUCCCCAGUGGCCCCGGCCCCUGCUCCCCACUUCUGCACAAAGGGGAGCACGUUCUCCACCACACGCUGUCCCACACACCGGUCAGAGCCGCACCCCACUUCUGGUUCGAGGCCCAGGCUCCUGGGAAAGGGGUCCGAUUUCGGAAACACAGACGAGGUGAUCUUGGUUCACCCGCAUCACAGAAGUUCAAGGUUAUCCCACCUGACGGGGACGGCCCCCCUCGGCCGGCUGAAGGUGUCGCGGGUGGAGGACCAGGGAGAGCUGUGUGCUGCUCAGAGGCUCGGGGUGGGCACCCCCUGUGCUCACACGGGAAGGUAAUGAAGGUCUCAUUAAAAACGCCAAAGCUGGUUUAUCCUUACCACGCCCCGAGCCCUGACAGAAGAAGAUGAGGAGAUUUGGGCUGCUGUUGCCAAAAACGCCCAAUGGAGCCGGGCCGGCGUGGCAGGUGCAUCGAGGCCCCGGCCCCUGGGUCUGUGCCACCCCGUGUGCCAGGAGCCUCCGGAGGGAGGGCCCUGCUGCCCGCCCGCCCGCCCCUCCGUCUUUGCUCACAUCCCAUGGGGUGUCAGUCCUGUGGAGAGCAUGCAGCUCGGCUCCACACUUGGACACGUGGUGCAUUGGACAUGUCACGUGGUGUAUCGGACACGUGGUGCAUCGGACAUGUGGUGCAUCGGACACGUGACAUAUCAGACACGUGGUGCAUUGGACAUGUCACGUGGUGUGUCAGACACGUGGUGCAUCGGACACGUGGUGCAUCGGACACGUGGUGCAUCGGACACGUGGUGCAUCAGACACGGUGGUGACGCGGAACUACGCCAUGUUUGUCCCUGAGACCUGUGCCACCAACACUGUGAUGUACAGAGGACGCCCGGGUCCUUCCCCCGUAUGUGUGCACCUUGGAGUCCUGCGGACAGAGUGAUCUGUGAUCUCAGUCAUAUCCCCAUGUAUGUAUGGCGUCUUACCUGGUGUGUCUGUCCCCUUUGGAAGGGAUUUCUUUUUAAAGGUAUUUUGGCUGGAAUACAGGUUCCUUUUGUAAA